AAACCCUAGCAGCCCUUUAUUCAUCAUCUCUCUCAUAACAGAUCUUCCCCUUAACCCUAAAACCCUAGUCAGCCGCCACCCUCUCCUCCUUCGCCCCUCCGAUCUGCCUACACUCCUCACAUUCACGCUCUCUCAUCUCACUCACUCUUUCUUCACUCAAGCACCUUUCUGUAGUGCAAAAAAUUAAAUCCCAGGUUUGAUAGAAUUCAAAAGGGUUUAAACUGAAACACAAAAGAGCUCAGGAAGGAUUGGUUCGAUUUUCGCUGAAAUUUGGUGUCGAUUUCUCUGGUUUUGCUGAAGAAAUUUUGUUGCUGUUGUUCUCUGCUGGGAGUUUGAACUUCAUACUUCCAUUUCUGGCCUUUGUUUGGUCCAUGCUCGUUGUUUUUCUGCUAAUUAGGCACAAUUUAUUUAUUUUAAAUUAGAAGACAAUGCCGCUGGGACUGCUAUUAGGUUUAGGGAGAACUUUCAGAAGAAAACGUACUUCGUCUCUCGAUAUUCUUACUUCAAAAAGGGUUCCUCGGGGCUACUACAAGGGAAAGAAUUGCAAGCCUACUGGUUUUCACACUCGCAAAGGUGGUUAUGUUGUUAUGCAAGAGAAGCUGCCUAACUAUGUAGUUCCAGAUUUGACUGACUUCAAGGUAGUGCUUGAGGUAGGUUAGACCUAGCACUUUCCUAGCCCAUGGAUUAGGGCAUGGACUUUUCAAGCAUGCCCCAAAAUGAGCUUAAUUUUCAUUAGUCAGAUUGUAUUUUCUUGUAUUCUGUGUUGCUGCUGCUGCUUUCCUAUCCUCUUGACAUAAAUAUUGGUGGGUGUUCACCUUUCACUCUUCCAAGAUAGUGAUCCCCCGUCUCAGCUGCUCUUGAAAUUAUUAAUGAAUUUACAUAACUGCAUUAUGUACAUAGUCUAUAGUCUAGGUAAAAGAAACUAGUCUCUCUCUUUCUAGAUCGUAGGAAAUGUUUAUGAAACUUGUGACCUUUUUGUUUGCUCAUUUUGUGUGAAGUUUGUAACACUUUGGCAAUUGAUGAAUUUCUUUUUCUCGUCUU